GCGGACAUCCCAUCCUUGAUGGGAAGAAAUAUUUUGAUGCCGAAUUUAGCAAGGUGGAUGACACUAUUUAAAAUAGCUAGAAAUAGUAUACAUCUCAUACGGCUGGCACCGCGCGAUAGGAGAAGCGCGAUGAGCAAGACGAGCCCGCUCGAAGAGGUCAAGCAGUCGACGCAGAACAUGCUGCUCGCCGGCGCGAUCGGCGGCAGCGUCGGCGCAACCUGGGGCGUCUGUCUCGCGACGGUCCGGUCGCAGCCGCUUGGCUUCUACGCGGCCUCGGUUGGCGCCAACUUGGCGCUCGCAUCGGCGUCGUACAUGACGGUUUUUGAGAUUCUAAAGCGCAACAACGGUGGGUCCACGGACAACAUCUCGACGUACGUGCUGCCGGGCACGAUCACGGGCGGUGCGCUCCUCGGUCUCGCAGGACUCGGCACGCCCAUGCGCGCGGUCCAAGGUAGCAUUGCGGGCUCCGUCGUCGGGCUUGGGGCGUACUUUGCCGACAAGAAGUUUCAAGAGUGGCGGCUCGCCAAGUCCAUCGAGCGCUACCAGGCCAAGCACGGCAUUGACGCCCACGAGACGAUCCUCCUCAACGGCCGCGUCGAGACGGCGUACACACCGGUGGCCGAUCGACACAAGUUUGACCUCCCGGACCUCAUCCCGUCAUUUGUGCGCAUCUCGGAGGACGAAGUCCAAGCCCGCAUUGAAGCGCGCCUGGCGGAGCUGCGAGAAGCCGCCAAGACGGCACCGUAAGCGUCGUUUAAUCCAGCUCUCGAUACCGUGACUCUUCUCGCGCCUGCAUCGGGCUUUGUGUACAGAGCGAGCUGGUGAUCAAGAGGGAACCUUGAGGCAUCCAGUAUCAACGGUAAUCACCGCAGCAAUGUAUUAGAGCUCGUGAAUGA